UCCUCCUCCUUGGAAUAAAUGAGACAGGUUACUUUUUUGGAAGGUUUGUCUGCUUCCCCAGCAGAAAGCAAGUCAGCCAGCUGGUAACGUUUUACUUGUAACUGUAAUUGGCUCCCCCAGAACCGCUGACACGCUGAACAAGGGAUCUGUAGAGUCUUUUAUUUUUCGCAACAAGGAAAAAAAAAGAGCAAAUGCCAGCUCAAUGCGUAGCUCGACGCCUGUGGCAUUGGAAUAAAUUAAAUAUAGAGCUGAAUGGCAUUUAGGGAAGGGGGGGGACCCGAAAGUAAUAGGUAUCAAUGAGACAUUUGUCUUUUGGGUGCUAGAGCUAGGAGGGGGGGGAGGGGGAAAUUAUGUAGAGUCUCGUGAAAAACUAUGACAAAGACAGUGAAAUGGGGCGAAGGAAGAGAUUUCAGAGGGAAUCAAUAAAAGAAUAAAUAGGGCUCCGUUCAUUUAUUUCUUCCAGCAAAAAAGGGGGGGAGAGAGAGAGAGAGAGGCUGGUUUAUCACCAAUGUGCUUUUCCCCUCUCUCUGUUUCUCUCUCUCUUUCUUCCUUUCUUCGUCUCAGUUGAAAACUGAUUACAGGUUGCUUAUCGACUCGAGCACAAUUCCACCCCUUCUCGCAUAGAUCUUGGAGGGUUUAGAUCCCAUCAAUUAUUUAUCAUAUUUUAUAAAUCCAACAGUACUACAAUUUUUUUUUCCACAUUACAAGGAGCCAGUGGGGGAGCUGGCCGUUGAUUGGAGCUGGCAAAAUCACGUGCCCCGGAGUCACAUGGUCAGGGAGGAAAAAGGGGUCCUUUUUGGUGUAAAUCUGGACUCUAAUUCCGUAAUAUAUCACGGUACCUCGUAAAACCGACACUAAAACGUCCCGGCCUACAAAUCACCCGGCCAAAUUAUGAGUUCAUUGUAUUAUGCGAAUGCUUUAUUUUCUAAAUAUCAACCCGCAAGUUCGGUUUUCCCAUCCGGAGUCUUUCCUGAGCAAACUUCUUGCGCUUUUGCCUCCAACACCCAACGAACGGGUUAUGGCUCUGGGUCGAGUUCCUCCUUCGCUGCCUCCAUGCCUGGGUUAUACACCAAUGGUAGCAGCAUGCACCCGCAGCCCGCUAGCAUGUACUCCACCAGCUACGGCCUGGAAAGCAGUUCUUUCAACAUGCACUGUUCUCCCUUUGAGCAAAACCUCUCAAUGAUGUGCCCCGGAGAUGCCUCCAAGCAGAACUGCAACAAAACGGAUCAGAGGGACUCAGACUUGCAAAACGAGAGUAACUUCCGGAUCUACCCCUGGAUGAGGAGUACAGGGACCGACAGAAAGCGGGGCCGGCAGACCUACACCAGGUACCAGACCCUGGAGCUGGAGAAAGAAUUCCACUAUAAUCGCUACUUGACGCGGAGGAGACGCAUCGAAAUCGCCCAUGCCUUGUGCCUGACAGAGAGACAGAUCAAAAUCUGGUUUCAGAACAGACGCAUGAAGUGGAAAAAGGAAAAUAAAACCGCCUGCCCUGGUUCAAAUAGCCAGGAAAAGCCAGACGCGGAGGACGAUGAGGAAGAGUGAAAGAGAGAGAUUGUGGGGUGGGUUGGGGAAG